UUCCGCAGCACAAUUGCAAACAGUUUAUUGUAAAAUUGGCCACGGAGACGAACGUGUCGUUGUUGUGCUGUGUUGUGGUUCGAGUAUUCAAACAGUAUUGUAUUUACAGAAUUUGCAUCUUGCCUGACUCGACUGUGGCUCUAGCUCAGAAGCUGUACGGUCCACGUUGUUUGUGUAAAUCGGCCCGGGUCUAUAAUUCACUGACUAUUGAUGACAAUUUGUUCGUAGCAGCGGCGCGACUGCGUUGGAUAUGCCGCCGCGGUGGUGAAGUAAAGCAUUGAAGCAGCAUUUUGGACAUGAUGAAAGGAAACGCCUGAAGAGUGUCACAAUGUCGAAAAAGGGUUUACUGGAGCGACUUGAGGAAGGCCCGGUCGUCGGGGAUGGUAGUUUUGUGAUUACCUUGGAGAGGCGUGGCUAUGUCAUGGCCGGUAAUUGGACGCCAGAGGCUUGUAUAGAAUAUCCCGAAGCAGUAAAGCAACUUCACCGUGAAUUCCUUCGGGCAGGCGCUGACGUCAUGCAAACGUUCACAUUCUAUGCUUCUGAGGACGCAAUGGGGAUAAAGGCUGACGAAAAACCAGAUUCAACCAAUGGGGUCACUUCCGAUUGGGAAAGGAUCAACUAUGUAGCGUGCGACCUUGCUCGUGAAGUUGCCGACGAAGGUGGCGCCCUGGUAGCCGGUAGUUUGUCACCUAUCACGUCUUACAAGGAGAAAACUGCGGGCAAAGAAUUCGUCCAGAAUGAAUUCAAGAAACAGUGUGAUAUAUUUGUGGAGAAGGGAGUAGACUUCCUGCUCGGUGAGUUUUUCGCUGAAGCCGAAGAAGCAGAAUGGGCCAUAGAGGAGAUGGCUAAAACCGGUCUUCCUGUGGCGUGCAUGAUGAGGAUAGGAAGGAUGGGGGAUGAGAGUGGUGUCCAACCAGGCGACGCUGCAGUCAGAAUGGCAAAAGCAGGUGCUAAUGUGGUGGGUGUGAACUGUUGCUACGAUCCCGACACGGCCUUGAAGACCAUUGAACUGAUGAAAGAAGCACUGCAUGAAGCAGGCUUAAAGAACGUCUAUCUUAUGAUGCAACCUGUAGGGUACCACGCCCAAGAGAUUGCUGAUGACCCUAGGGGAUACUUCGCGCUUCCAGAAUUCCCGUUUGCCAUGGAGCCGCGCGCUCUCACAAGAAUAGAUGUCCAUAAAUUUGCCCGUAAGGCCUAUGAUCUGGGCGUGCGAUACAUAGGAGGGUGUUGCGGCUUCGAACCCUAUCACAUAAGGGCCAUAGCGGAAGAGCUGAGUACAGAGCGUGCUCGUCGACCUCCCGGGAAAGAUAAACAUGAAGGAUAUCAUUCACUCAGACGAAGCUCCUUCCAAAGUCAGAGAGACAGAGCCAAUCCACAAUAUUGGAACAGUUUGGUUCCCGCUGCCGGACGGGCAAAUAUUCAUAAGCUAGCAGAGGAACAAGCAGAGAGUCAAGCUGAAUAACGUGUUAUGUUGUCUAUGCUCAAACAUGUCAUAAUAUUCACAUUUAUUUUUAUUUUUAUGUUUAUCCUUUAAACUGUAAAUGCUACCGACAUGAUAAAUACAGGGCACUAUUUCUUCUCUCAAAAGUUCAUAUGUAAAUAUGUAUAUAAAGUGAUGCUCAAAAGUUGGUGAGCACUACCAGAAAUUUAACAUAUUUAAAGUGUUCAAGUUCUACCAUGUUUUAGAUUGUGAAGUCGGAUGGUAAAAUAUUCAAUAAAGUUUGUUUUUUUCAGGGGUCGCCGAACAUUGUAAUGUUGUUAUGUACAAUCAACACUCGGCAUGAAGGUGUGCAUUUUGUGGUGGAGGUUCACACUCACUUUUGAGCACAACUGUGAUCAUUAUUUUGAAGAAGAUUGAAAGGGUGUUGACGUUUUGGUUUUGCUCCCUUUAAAACGUGGAGCUAACUAUUUCUGCAUGAUCGUUGAAAAUUACUAGAGCUAUAACUUUUCGCUUACAAACAAACUGUAUGACCAUGUAUUUUCAUUCGCUGAUACAUUUUGCAUUGAAAUAUCAUGCAUUCCUAAAUAGGGAAUAAGUAUUUUUCCUCUGCAAAUAAGAUUGGGGCAGGCCCUCUUUUAUCAUAUCAGUGCAUUAUUAAUACUUAACCAAAUUAUGAUGAAAUUAUUUUCUUGUGUUGUUCCCCAUGUUCAAGUAUGAUUUGGAUCAUAUCGAUUAUUUUCAUAUUAUAUACGAAUAUCAUAGAGAAAAGAGAAUAUGAA